ACACGCCCACCUGCAGCUUUUCAGCUCCCUUAUUGGCUCUUUGUUUAAACAUCUCGCAGGCUGUCCAGGGAUUGGCUCCAACAUCACACAAGUGAUUUCGUAAAGCAAAUCUUUUGGAAGUUGUUUAAAGGGGAUAAGUGGGAAAAACCCUUGAGAUAACUGCGGGAUCAACAGCACAAUUAUUUGACUGUAUCUCCCGCUCUCUUUUUUUCCUCUCUCUCUCUCUCUCUCUUGCUGCUGUUAAUCGCUGGAGGAUUUGUCGGAUUUCCUGAGCGUCUCUGCAUCUGUGAGGAUGUUGUGGCUGGUGUUGCUCCUACCUGCCCUCUCCUCGGCUCAGCGAUCAGAGCCAAUGUUUUCAGCUGUAACCAAGACCGUCCUGCCUCCCGACUACGACAACAACCCCACCCAGCUGAACUACGGCAUGGCAGUCACCGAUGUGGACGGGGAUGGAGACCUGGAGAUGUUUGUAGCGGGCUACAAUGGCCCGAACCUGGUUUUAAAGUAUGACAAGCAGAGGAAAAGGCUUGUCAACAUCGCUGUCGACAACCGUAGCUCCCCCUUCUAUGCCCUGAGAGACCGUCAAGGCAACGCCAUCGGAGUGACAGCGUGUGACAUCGACGGAGACGGUCGGGAGGAGAUUUAUGUCCUCAACACCAAUAACGCUUUCUCUGGUCGGGCAACGUACUCUGACAAGCUGUUUAAGUUCCGCAAUGGACGCUUUGAAGAUCUGCUGAACGACGACAUUAACGAACACAGAGACGUGGCCAACCGAAUGGCUGGGCGCUCAGUGGCCUGUGUGGACAGAAAGGGUACUGGACGUUAUGCCAUCUACAUAGCUAACUAUGCCAGUGGAACCGUGGGUCCUCAUGCUCUCAUUGAAAUGGAUGAGACAGCGAGUGACCUCUCUCAGGGCGUCAUUGCUCUCUCUAAUGUGGCGGAGCAGGCGGGAGUCAACAAGUUCACAGGAGGGCGCGGCGUUGUUGUUGGGCCCAUCGUCAGUCAAACCCUGUCCGAUGUGUUUUGCGACAAUGAGUAUGGACCCAAUUUCCUGUUCAAGAACAACGGAGAUGGAACUUUUACUGAUGUGGCACAGCAGGCAGGUUUGGAGGACCCCAUGCAGCACGGCAGAGGAGUCGCUCUGGCAGAUUUCAACCGUGAUGGAAAGACAGACAUCGUCUACGGGAACUGGAACGGACCUCAUCGUCUGUACAUACAGAUGAAUAACCGCAAACAGAAGUUCAAGGACAUAGCAUCCCAGAAAUUUUCUAUGCCGUCUCCUGUUCGCACCGUUAUCGCUGCAGACUUCGACAAUGACAACGAGCUGGAGGUCUUUUUCAAUAACAUCGCCUACAGGGGUCCCUCUGCCAACAGGCUCUUUAGGGUGAGCAGGAGAGAGCAUGGAGACCCUCAGAUAGAAGAGCUGAACGUUGGAGAGGCAUCAGAGCCUGAAGGACGAGGAACUGGAGCUGUGGCCACUGACUUCGAUGGAGACGGGCGCCUUGAGCUGCUGGUGUCUCAUGGUGAAAGUGCAGCACAGCCGCUCUCUGUUUAUAAAGUCAAUCUGGGCACCACUAACGCCUGGCUGCGAGUCAUUCCCAGGACCAAGUUUGGAGCUUUUGCCAGAGGAGCUAAAGUGGUGUUGUACACUAAAAAAAGCGGCCCCCACACACGGAUCAUAGAUGGAGGCUCAGGAUACCUGUGUGAGAUGGAACCUGUGGCACACUUUGGCCUUGGUAAGGAUGUGGCUACCAAUGUGGAGGUGUACUGGCCGGAUGGUCGAUCUUUGGCCCGGCCCCUGGAACCUUCAGACAUCAACUCAGUGUUAGAGAUCCACUAUCCAAGAGACGAGGAGGAGGUCACUCCUACAGUGGAGAUAGAGUGUGGUCAUGGGUUUGCUCUGAAUGAGAACGGCCGGUGCACAGAUGAAGAUGAGUGUACCCAGUUUCCCUCUGUGUGCCCCUCUGACCGGUCCGUCUGCACCAACACCUACGGCAGCUAUAAGUGCCGCGCCAAGAGGAGAUGCAACCAGGGCUUCGAGCCCAACGACGAUGGGUCGGCCUGUGUGGCCCAGGUGGCUUACUUUGGGGGAACGCGGUCUUCUGGGGCAAACAAGUGGUCAGGCUUUUCUCUCUGGGGGCUCUCGGUCUCUGUGCUGCCCCUCGUCUCUACCCAUCUGAGGAUUGGACUCCUGUAGCUGUUGCUGUCUUCUCCCUAUCACAGCACCCUCCACUCCUAAAAGGGGAAUGUACAGAAACUCUUGGAGAACCUUAACAUGAAACAUCGACUUCCUUCUUCUCCUCUGUGGAUCUCUGCUAUGGUUUUUCCACCUGUUAUUUCCAGUCUAACCCCUUCCUCGCUGCUGCUAUGUGUCACCUCUUGGCUCCCGGCCCCUUCUGGACUGUAAAGACACACACAGGGAGCAUGCUCGCUGGGAGCUACGGGGUUCAGAACUAACUGUGUCACACCCGCAGAGCCCUCACGUCAUCACCUGGCACUUAUCUUUGUGGGACCUGAACUGAGGCCAAGUCAAUAAGUGGAGCUGCAGCACAUAAACCUCUGCACACACAGCAGACAGAUCUACUGGCUGCAGCGACCACAGUCAUUAGAGGCACGCUGAGGCCCCAUCUGCAGCUCAACAAUGCCACUAUGUUAAUCCUUACAGUGUCACUCGCAUUCUUAUAAUGGGCUAACUGGGAUGCUGAGAACCAGCAGGUCUCGAAGCUUUAGGUUCUGUGUUUGUUUGUGUGCGUUUGAGUGUGUGUGUGUGUGUGUGUGUGUGAGAGAGUGUUUGUCGAGUCCAAAAAGGCAGUUGGGUAGAGGAACAUAUGCCAGACCAUCUGUCUCCAAUGGUUGGUGAUAUUUUGUUACCUAUGAAUAGAACAACAGCACAGUGAUGAAUAAACACACAGAUCUGUGUGUGUGAGAGCACAAACGCAGGCAGGAGCUAAUUAAUUCAUGUAAAGAACUUGAACCGUUCACAACUGACUUGGCAAAGUUUUAAUUACAUAAAACUUGAUGUAGACGUUUUGAAUGGACAUUACCAUACCGUAUUUACUGCUAAUAUUUAUCCUCAACUUAGUGUAUAGUGCUUGUUUUUCUGCUGAAAUAAAAUAAAGAGCAGGCGACAAGAACAUGAAUAAAAACUCAUAAGAUGUGGAUUCUUAAGGAGCAUGUGUUUCUAAAAUAAAAGUAUUGUUCUUAAGAAAAACUUUGAAGUAAACUAAAUUGUCCCUUACAUGUAACAUCAGUGCGUUUCAAAUGUUAGAGUUGAAGCACAGUGGCUGGAAAGUGCCUUUAACCCAUUUUAAAACUUUGAAUGGUUUGUGACAUAAAAUGAAACUAGGCGGGAUUAGAGCUGCUGAUGGUUCAUAUUUUUGUCUCUUUCAACAAACUAACUUUCCUAUCCUGCUGAUGCCAUUCAGUCCUAACGCUAACAAACUAAAUGAAUGACUAAUAUAUACAUUUUGAAAGCUUAUUUCUAAAUAAUCGAUUUCCUGAAGCAGUCGGAAACAGCCGUCGUAUCAAAUGUCACUCAAAUAGCAGUACACUGCUGGUUCUGCUGAACUAAAGUCCUUUUAGAUUAUAGUAGUAGUAGAUUGCUGCCAGUAUUUGUGUGAUUUACUGACAAUGGAAAAGAUGGCCCAUGUUCUAUUAUUCUAAUAUGAACAUAUAUUUAUUUGAAUUAUAACUUUAGUCCACUAAACUGUAUCCAUUUAAUGAUAAAUAAGACACAAAGAUAAAAAGGGGAGUGAAUUUAAGGCAAAGAGAGUUUAACCUCUCAAGGACCCAGAUGUGUGUCAGCUGAUCCGUCUUGAUACAACUUACAUGAAGUGCACUUUAAAGAUGCAGUUGGGGCACUGGUUUAGGGGCUUCAGUCCUCAUCGUACUCUUUGUUGGUUCGACUCCCCAAUUAGCAACUAACCCCCUCUCCCUCUUACCCAUAUUUCUUGUCUCUCGUCAAAAAGGCCACACACAAACAAUGCAGUUAAUCACACAGAACACUACAUUUAUUAUUAACCAUCAAUCCUUGCCAAAUGUUUCUCGACAGUUUUUUUAUCAAAUAUUUUGGAACAAAAAGUUGUGCAAAAACAGAUGACUGACAGUGUUUUGCUUCCACGUUAUUCCGUAGGGGAGCAUCAGUUCUCCUCUGUGCAAUCCCAGUGUACAAACUACGCAACACAACCCCAAACUUAUCCAGUAUAAGCCCACGAUCGGUGUCUCAGCAGGGGAUAGAUUGUUCUUCGAGAACUGGCCUGUACAGUCCUCCAGAGGUAGAGGCCGAGUGUGCGUGGGUGUGUGUGUGUGUGUAAAUCCUCUCUUUUUUCACUCGCUGAGGGAAGCGUUACAUUUUUUGGGACUUUUUUUAAAAUCUGAAACCUCACACAUUCCAUUUAAGAAAGAGCACCAAACAACGUCCCUGGACAUCGGCUUGAGUGCUCUAAUGAGUUGGACUCAGACCACAGAUGCCACCUGUAAAUAUCCAACAUGUCCACUGAGAUUUAGAGACUGGACUUAUUCCUCUCGGAGAGGCAUCGGAGCAUGAAGAACUAAUAAACAAACGAUGAUGGAUGUGUUGAGGCAAUUAAAAUGACUCACCAUGGAUCUUUGUUGGAUCCACGUCGAAGAUGUUGUCAUGCUUUUCUGUGUGUACGCCAAAGAAUCUGUGGAGGGAGAGUCACAAGGGGUUCAGCAAGAUCGUGUCCGCUGAAGGGUGAUAUUUGAAUAUAUCUGCUCAGAUAUGUUCACCGUACAAUUAUGUCAAAGAGGAUCAACUGAGGUUGCUGAGAGAUGUUAUUGUAAAGACAAAAAAAGACCUUUUCUAUAGUUUCAAUCACACUCUUGAACUGUAUCACAGAGGACUCACAGUUUGCAUGAACACUUAGAUCAACACAUGGUUAUAAAACUUGCACGCUUUGAAAAAAAGGACAAAGUUGUUUUUUGACCCCUUUGCCCACAUUCUCCUACUUAAUCACACUCUUAAUAACAAUGUAAUCAUUUCAUGUCCAACACAUGCUUGUGUGAAUCCCGUUUGUAUCUUUUACUAUAAAUGUGUUGAAAUA